AUGUCUUCAGAGAGCUACCAGCGCAUUGCGCAGAAGCCCGAGGAAGAAGGGUUUCUCGAAGGCGAGUCUGGAGAAGAGCCUAUAACCAUCUCAAACCUGCGAUUGAGUCAUCGAAAGCAGCAGCGACUGAUUGUGGCUCAAUGGAUUCUCUUGAUUUUACUACUCAUGGCAGUCGUGGGUAUGCUUUGGAAAGGCCAAGCAGUGCAAGCGGGUUGUCCGUAUAAGAGUAAAGAUGGAACACUACCAGAUCAUGUUUACUCACCUGCUGAGAACGCAAUUCGAUACAAGAAUCUCGCCUUCACAACUAGCAUCAGCCCACAUUUGACUAAGUACCAGGGGCCUCCAACCCCAGAAAACUUGGCAGCCUGGGAGGAUCUUUACAGCUGUAGGUUCCUGUUGGCACUUGGCGUUAGUAGGAUUCCAAUGAGCGAAGCGGCUAAACUGGUGAAUAAAACCGUACCCAUUCCCGACUACCCAGGGGAAUACGUUAUACAACUCGACGUAUUCCAUCAGCUUCACUGUUUGAACAUGAUUCGACUCAAGCUCUGGGCUGGAGAGGGACCGGAGUAUUAUCUCGGCGUCAACGAGACCUUGAUGGACAUGGACCAUCUCGACCACUGCAUUGACUCCAUGCGGCAGAGCUUCAUGUGUUCCUCGGACAUUUCGCCCAUCACCUGGAAGUGGGUCGAAGACUCGCAGAGCGCUAGAGGCCUUCUUACGACGCUGCAUACUUGCCGCGACUUUGAGGCCAUUAGGGAAUGGGCACUGGAGCAUGAGGCUAAAAGCUUUGAUAUAUAUACACAUGUUCCCGAUCCACUGGAGGACAGCACAUGA